UGUUCUUCUAUCUCGACUUCUAUCGAAUAUGUCUGCUACACCCAUUCGUAUUGCCGUUUUCGUAGGCUCGACUCGCAAAGGCGGAAAUGGCAUCGGCAUCUCCAACUGGGUGUCGUCCGGACUUAGCAAGGUCGUCGCAUCACAUCCUGAGCUCGACGUGGAGAUCGUUCCCGUCCACUUCACGUCCCCCAACUACAUCAUCGGUCCCUUGAUAGAAGACGUCGUGCCUGCAGGUGUCAAAGAUCCGGCGAAAUACGGGAACACCGCGAUUAUCAACUGGAGCCACUUCGUGUCCUCCUGCAAAGGGUUCGUCAUCGUCAGCCCGCAGUACAACUGGGGUUAUCCCGGAGAGCUCAAGAACGCGCUCGAUCACUUGUUCAACGAGUGGGUCGGAAAGCCCCUCGCGAUCGUCACCUACGGAGGCCACGGUGGAAAUAAAGCCGGGGAGCAGCUGAGGCAGGUCACGGGAGGCGGACUGGACAUGCGUCUCGUGGAGCAGAAGGUGGAAAUCACUCUCCCCCGCGACUAUAUUGUGGGCACGAGCAGUGUCGCCACUGAUGCUUCAGUUGCGGCGACAGAGGGCAAGGACUCAUGGCUGCAGCCCUUUGAGAAGCCACUCGAGGAUGCGAUGGAAUCCCUUCUUGCCCUCAUUGUGUCACCACCCGCUGAAGAUUCCCGCAAGCAUUGAUCGAUCCAUGAAUUGAUUCCCUGUCGAUUCCCUAGACGAAUACGUAGAGAGAAUGCGAAAGAGAUUUGAACAGCAUAAGAAGUUAUAUAUAUAU